GCACACGGGUCCACCAGGGGAGGAGCCUUUACAGAACCCGAGUCCGUCAGCGACAGGAGCCCGAAUGGACGAGUCCGAUGGGGGUGGGGCCAGCACGAGGGCGCGGCUCACUGGGGAGAGAGGUCAUACUGAGUUCCGCACCUGCCGGGCCAGGGACCCCUUUAACGCGUCACCCCGAGAAGGGCCGGCUUCCAGGCCCCGCUGCCCUGGCCCACGUCGUCGAGGACUGGCGACUCCCUCGUCCGCCCCCUUAACGACCCACCCAGCACGGCGCUGUGUGCACUCGAGAAGCGCAGAGCCCUCGGGUGGAUGGAUCAAGGGGUGCGCUUGCCCCAGGCGCAAGUCCAAGGGAGCACCAGUGACAUCACUAGGGGUGCGGGGCUGCGGACCGCACGGGGGACACCGUCAGAGGGGGUGACACCUCACGCUGCACAGAUACACCCAGACCAAACCACGCAGGACUUGAGCGGCUCCAGAAAGCCCGGGCCCGCUUCGGCCUUGUUUUGGAGGAGCCCUCCGCACGGGGCUCUCCACGUCCACUGGGAUGAUUCCACUGCCCGGCGGCUCCGCUCCUUUCCAGCACCGCUAUCAGCACCUACUCAUCUUGAAAUCUGGGGGAGGGGGCGCAAUUUAGGCAUUGCCCCUCGGUGCUGGAAUUAGGGGGGCAGUUUAGAGAUUGUCCCUGGGGGCUCGUUACCCUCGCCAUGCCCCUGAGUCACCGGUGUACGAGGCUGCGGCUCGGGUGUCUGGGACUCGGCCGCAGGAGGGCGCAGGCCCCGCGCUCCGCCGUGGGCGCCCCGGGCUCUCCCCCUCGCCUCACUCAGCCGCAGCUAGAAAGUAGGGUCCCUGCCCGUGGGAAGGAUCUGAAUCCGAGCACCACUCCGCGAGGCGCAGAGCAUGGACCUCGGCACAUAAAAUCCAAGUCUCCAGGCAAAGCAGCGAACUUUUCCUAAACUCUGCCGCUUGGAGCAGCAGCACGGGAAGGAAACGCCAGGGGUUUUCAUCAGGAGGUCGAGCCUGUGCCGGCCAAGGCCAGGGCCGGCUGUGUCUGCAAUCCCCCUGACCCCCGAGUUCUGUACCAGAUCCGACCCGCUCCUGACGCUGUUCUGGGGACACGUUUUACACGCCUGCCCUUCUUUCAAUUAAAUAUCAGCUCCUAAAAGCCAACUUCCGGCCUCAAGGAGGGAAUCCCCAACAGCAGCGCCCUGCCGGAUGCUCUGCAAAAACAGCUCCAGAAAGGUUCCUGAGACCCCACGACUGAGGUGUAAACGUCACAACCCCCAAACUCCCCAUCCUCUGCCACCGUCCCCUAGCUCUUGGUAACAUGCCUGUCAGCGCAUGAGCUGUGUGCUCACCCUUUCCAUUUACCGGGGACGGCAGGGCCCUGUGUUCCCCUGGAAGCUAGGGGCAGAAGCUUGACUAAUUUUGGGGCUUCCGUGGUGAUAGGCGCUCCAGCACAGCCAGGGCGCAAGGGGCCAAGUGGAGGCUCUGAGCAGGCCUGCCCUUGCUUCUUCACACCUUCUUCCUCCUCCUCUGAAAUCUAGAUCCCGUCCCUUGGAAGAGCUCAGCCUCUGACCCCUUUGCCAAGUGGGACAGACCACAAAGGACAAAAAGACCCCCGUGCUCCCUGAGUCCCAUUCUCACUGGGGAGAAGAGAGGACACGUGGAGCCACCGGGAAGCACAAAACAGCCAGGCCAGGUCACACAUUGGACAGUGAUGGGGCUUCAGAGGAGGGGCUUUGGGAAGUAGGGGUUGUCGGCAGGCAGGCAGGGAAGGUGGGCCCAGGGAGAGGAGGACCUGAUUUAGGAGAGGAAGGCCAGAAGGAAAAGAGGGGAAGCAAAGGCCAAGGGGCCCCUGUGCAGAAAUUCACCAGGUUUCCACUUUGAUCAAGAUGAACAGAGCUCCUCCCUUUGACAGAUAAUAUCAUCAAAUAACUUUCAAAGAGAAUGAAAGGCUGUAACAUUUAAAAAUAACAUUAUGAUUCUUGAUUUUAUAAAUGAAUUGGAGAAAAUAAUUUUGAGCUAUUUUUCGUAAACAAAUAUGGAAUUUAUCAUGGAAAGUAAUUAUAAUGUUAAUAGUAAUGACAACUUCACAGAUGAUAAAGACAGCCAAUUAAUAAAGUGGCCUCCUUCCUCAGAGACCUCAGUGGGAAUAUUCUGAUUUAAAUAGGUGGGUUCUAGAGCUACCAGGGAGUCCCUGGGUGGUACAAAUGGUUAACGCGCUUGGCUGCUAACUGAAAGGUUGGUGGUUUGAGCCCACCCAGGGGUGCCUCAGAAGAAAGGCCUGGCAAUCUACUUUUGAAAGGUCAGCCGUUGAAAACCUUACAGAGCACAGUUAUACUCUGACGCACAUUGGGGUCGCCAUGAGCUGGAGUCAACUCUGACCACAUCUCCCAGAAGAGGCAUGGGGACAGGCUUUGAUCUGCCUGUCUCGGGGCAGUACACACAGAGCAUUCUCCCCAAGCCUGAGGCCGCCAUCCUGGUGCUAUUACCACUUCCUGAAAACCAUAUAGGGGAGGGGUUAAGAAGGCAGACUCUGGAACUAAACAGCCUGGUUUAGUUGCUAGCCCUGCCGUGUACUGUGUUACCUGAAGCAAGCUACUUAGCCUGGGUCACCAGUGGCGGCGACUUGUAGCACUCCAACGUCAGUGACAGCGAGGGCCAAACGCCCUAGCCUGGGGACCCACCGCACAGCCAGCUUGCACUGCCCCGCUAGGCCAGGGCCAUAUCCAGUAAGUCCAACAAAGACUUAAUCAACAGCCGCCCUUCCCCUCUGCUCCAGCUAGAGUCCCCACGGUCAGUACUCUCUUUAUGGCACUCAGGCCCUGUCCUCCACACCAAGAAGGACCCAGGCCACAACAGGUUAAAAUGGCUGGGAACCAGGAUGAGCAGUUGUGGGAGGGGCUGGCUGAGAAGACUUAGGAAGUAGAGGAGAUGGCUGUGACAGGACACUGUGAGGAAGGAAGAAGCAACUAGCCGGCCGUUCUCAGUCCUGGGAAGAAAACAGCAAACCCAGUAAUAAAAUAAUAGUAAUAUGCAAGAGACUUCUAUGACACUAAAGGGCAGCAUAUGAAAGACACCGCUUUUCUAACUUCCUUCUAGGUGGGGGUCAGCCCUGGGAGGCCCGGCAGAGCCAUCCGCAGCUCCAGGGCAACGUCCAAGUCUGAAUUGCAAGGAAAACCAUGAGGUUCAGAGAGGUUAAUCUCCUUGCCCAAAGCUGCACAGCUGGUAGCAGAGCAGGAUUCCAAACCAGGAAGGGUGACUCUGAGCCCACCCUCUCGGGCCAUAGCGCCCAGUUCAAAGGAGGUGCAGUCGAGCUGGUUCUGACGCGUAUCGACCUCACGUGCAACGGAACGAAACACUGCCCUGUCCUGCGCCAUCCUCACAAUCGUUGCUAUGUUUGAGCCCAUUGCUGCAGCCACUGUGUUAGUUCAUCUCAUUGAGGGUCUUCCUCUUUUCCGCUGACCCUGUACUCUACCAAGCAUGAUGUCCUUCUCCAGGGACUGAUCCCUCCUGACAACAUGUCCCAAGUAUGUAAGAUGAAAUCUCGCCAUCCUUGCUUCUAUGGAGCAUUCUGCCUGUGCUUCUCCCAAGACGGAUUUGUUCGUUCUUCUGGCAAUCCCUGGUAUAUCCAAUACUGUUCACCAACACCACAAUUCAAAUAUAAAUGAGGAAGAUGUUUAAUGUCACGGAACUGUAUAUGUGAAGACUGCUGAAAUGGCAAAUGCUUUGUUACCUACAUAUUUGCCACAAUAAAAAACGUAUUAAAAUAAGGAAUUCACAUAAAAAAACUAAUAGUUCAUAUGAAUUACAAAGACCAACUUACUCUUUUGCUUAAGCAAUAUCACAAAAGCAGGAAGAGCCAGUGAGGAGUUCCCCCCUCCACACAGAAGCUAGACGAAUAGAGUUCCCAAAGCCCAGUGUGAAAUCAUCACACCAUGGACUAGGAAAUGUGCGUGGGAGAGAAGUCCUCAGAGAACAUGACCGCUGCACCUCUCUGUUCUAAAACCAUCUCCCUACCAUGAGCUCUCUACACUUAAAAUUCAUAGGAGUGGAAAGAUUGAACGUUAUCAUGGAUUUUCAGACAUCGCCAGAAAAAUCAGAACAACUAGAAUUGGUAAGGUAAUGUUCUAGCUCUACACUUGCUAAUUAAAAAAAAAAAAGGAAAAGAAGGCAGGCAGGCCUUAUGCCAAUACUGCUGCCAUUCCGCAUACACAGUUAAGCCAUUUUUAGCAUGAACUUUUAUUCGGAAACAAAAACACAGCAGGAGGAAUGCCCAUUAAAACAUCUACCUCGAAAGAAAACGGCCAAGUCAGCUUGGGUCUAUCUGCUUAAUGGUGCCCUGCCCAGCUGUAAAAAUGAUUUUAGGACAAGAAAGAGAAUGAAACAAUCUUACGACAAUGUUGAGUGUGUGCAAAAACGAACAAAACGAACAACAACAACAACCCUAAGGGAAUACAACAAAAUUGAGCUAUGGUUGUCUUCACGUCAUAAUGAGGGGAUAGAUACAUUUUUCUUUCCUUUUAUUUUCCAGUGUUUUUCCACCCCCCGCCCCAUGAGCAUGCACCACUUUUAAAGUGGGUGGGGCAGAUAACACAAGUUCAUUUUCCACCAUAACUUUAUCUGAAAAGACAGGAAGAACGGAAAUAAGAAAUCCUAAUGCUUUGUGUUCCUGUUGUUGUUGUGUGCCGUCUAGCCAAUUCCCAUUCAUAGCUACCCUCUAGGACAGAGCAGAACUGCCCUGUCAGGUUUCUGAGGCUGUAAUCUUUAUUUCCACAAAUAAAGACUGCCACAUCUUUCUCCCAAGGAGCCGCUGGUGGGUUCGAACUGCCAACCUUUAGCAGCCAAUCAUUUAAUCACUUCACCACCAGGGCAGUUUCUUUGUGAGGCUUUUAAACAUAACCUAGGAAAUUGCAGUUAAUCACGUUGGCUUCUACUUUCAGUUCUUGACUAUUUUUGUGUAAUGGACCCCUUGUAGGCUGCGGAAGCCUGUGGAUGGCUCUCAAAGUAAUAUUUUUAAAAGCAUAAAGCAAAAUGCCUAGGGUUACAAGGAAACAGAUUAUUCUAAAACUUGAUCGAAUAUAUUUUUAAAUUGUGAUACAGCGUAUCAGUCAGGGUUCAGCAAGAAAAAAGAAACUGUACCAGUUAUUUAAUAGAAAUAAUUUAAUACAGGGGCUCAGCUAAACAGGGGUGGAUGACGGAGAAGACAAAGGGGACUCAAGCAACACGGGGAUGAUAACUGCAGGAACAGCUAGGUCUGGGGGACAAAGGGCUGGGUUACUGGGCCCCCAAAUCUUGGGAGCCCAGGCUUCUGAGGAUGGGGAGCCUCAGGCACUCUGAGGGGGUAUGACGAUGGUGGUUUCUAGGAGUGUGGAAAAAUCCAGAAACAACCAGCUGCUGCUGCCGCCAGGGUGAAGAACGGUUGCUGGGGUGAUGCUCACAGAAACAGGAAGUGGACAGAAGGAGCCUGUCCUUCACACUCCAGCCCCCCCCCUCAGCGGAGCCAAACAGGAGCGGCGGGCAAAGCAGAAAUGUGGUUUGCGGAGUCCCAGUCUCAGUGUCAGAGCCAAAUGAGGAAGGGCGGGUUUGGGGCUGAGAGACCAGAGUUAAUAGUCAACACGCACGUGCUGCUUUAUUUAUGCAGCAAGUAACAACAGAUAACAUCUACCAACAGAGCCACACGGUGAUGCAUAGAAAUGAUUUCCCCAGCUCCUUGCAAUGCCUGUAGGAUGACAGAAAAAUAUCUAUGAUUUCUAUUGGGCGAUGAGGCCACGUAUACUUGUAAUACUACUGAGGUUUGUUGCCCACGUUCAUCAUUGAAGGUACUGCUACUUCCCCCAGUCUGUGUGGUGCAAAGCAUUAAUGUGCUCAUCUGCUCACCAAAAGGUUGGAUGUUCCAGCCCACCCAGAGGUACCUUGGAAUAAAGGCCUGGGGAUCUACUUCCGAAAAACCAGCCACUGAAAACCCUACGGAGCACAGUUCUUUGACACACAAGGGGGCGCCAUACAUUGGAGCUGACUUGAUGGCAACUGGUGUUGGUGGUUGCUAUGAGUUGGAAUUGACUCGAUGGCACUGGGUUUGGUUUGGUUUUUGGGUGGUGUUGGUGGUGGAUCCCAUUUCACGUGUCUCUUGAAAUCAAAUCUAUCCAAAGGCCUGGGGGUUCAUGGACCAAAAAAAAAACCCAAACCCAUUGCUGUCAAGUUGAUUCGGAGUCACAGCGAUCCUAUAGGACAGAGUAGAACUGCCCCAUAGAGUUUCCAUGGAGCGGCUGAUGGAUUCGAACUGACGACCUUUUGGUUAGCAGCCAAAUCUUAAUGAUUGCGCCCCCAGCGCUCCUCUGAGUCUUUCAAGGUGUCAAAUACAGUUCUUUUGCCUUCUUUAUUUUAAUUCUUGCUUUGAAAAAUCACAUGACUGAUUGUUUGUAACACAUUUUCUAUUCUUUGAAAGAUAAAAACACUGCUAGUACUAACAGUGCUGAUUCCUGUCUUUCUGCACUUCUCUCAUUUAACUGAUACUGCCUACCACUCCUGCAAGUACUGAACAGUUAGCAGAUUUUACACUUUAUCGUAUCCUACUAUUUCCUGUACCUCCCUCUUGCUCAUGGGCUCUCUUGCCCCCACCGACUGGACGAUGACCUAGAGGCUGACAAGCACCAGAUCUAUACUUCUAAUCCCGAAUUCUCCAAACUGCAGCCCACCUGCCAACUGCCAAAGGCAUCUCAACCCUCACGUCCAAAACAGAGUCCCUACUGCCCCCUACAGACUUUCCCCUGCACCUUCCCGCCUGUGGGUGCACCCCAACCAGGGUUUUCUAAGCCAAAGCAAACCCACUGCUGUCAUUUCUGACCAUGGUGACCCCGUGUGUCUCAGAGUACGACUGUGCUCCACAGGGUUUUCUUGGCUGUGACCUUUAUGGAAGCAGGUCACCAGGGCUUUCUUCCACGGAGCCUGUGUGGGUUCAAACCUCUGACCUUUAGGUUAGUUGUUGUUGGGUGUCGUGGAGUCAAUUCUGACUCACGGUGACCCUAAAGGGCAGAGCAGAACUGCCCAUAGGGUUUCCUAGACUAAUCUUUAUGGGAGCAGAUGGCCAGAUCUUUUUUCCCACAAAGCCGCUGGUGGGUUCGAACCUCCGCCCUUUUUGUUAGCAGUCGAGCACAAACUGUGCCAGUAAGCAGGCUCUAUUUAACUUCUCUGUGCCUCAGUUCCCUCAUCUGUAAAGUAGGGGCAAUGACAAUAACUACUUUACAGAGCUGCAGUAAGGACUAAUGAGAUGAUACUUGUAGGGUGCAUGGCACAGAGCCUCAUAUAAGGCAAAUACCCACAAAGGUACCCUCCCCCAAGGCACCACCUUCCACCCACUUCCCACUUUCAAUUUAGCAGGUUCCUCUCUUAACAUCAAUUUAACGUGCUCCCAUGGCUACUGUUUUCUAUCAGGCCCUCUUCAAUCCCCUCAGUAUUAUUACAAUUGUCCCACAGAGCCCCCCUCAUCCUUCACACUUCUUCCAGUGUAAUCUAACUCAUUCACUCAUUCAACCAUGUGGUGCAGUGAAUCACUCAACAUGGCCCUUGUAGCCACUCAUGGUCUUGUGACUCCUACAAAACAAAUGGGUGUAACUAUGCAAAUACAGUGCUUGUGAUCCACCAGGGGGAUUGGACAUCAUUGCUCGCAAUGCAGAUAACGUGCAUAGGACACUUCAGGGGUGGGAUCAUGCAAAUAAGCUAUGUGGAACCCUAACAAGGGGAUUAGUCAGUUUUCCCAUUCUGCUAGACCUAAAGAGAACCAAUCCCAGGGCAGAGGGGGACAUCACUACUACCAAGAAGAGACACAAGUGGUACACGUCCUUCGAACCCACAGUCCCUGUGCUGAGAACCUCUAGACUCAGGAGACAGAGAGAGACAGCUUUAACACUGGAGACGGCGGCAGCAGAACCAGGAGAUCAGUGCAAGACCAUGGAGUAAGGCUGUUACAGUGGGUGUGCCAACCCACGAAGUCAGAGCUGAUAGCCUUCAGGCAGGAGGCUUGCUAGUGGAGUGGGGUGCCUCCAGGCACUUGGUGGCACUAGGCUUGCUGGCCCACAGAGUGACCCACAGAAUGAGAGAGCUGAGUGCCUUCAGGCCAAGGCUUACAGGCAGAGUGGGGUACCCUCGGGCACUUAUUGGUGGAGCUAAAGAGCUUUGUAAGGCUUCCCUGAGCAAAGCAGGGGCUGAGAGGCUGAGGGCCAGAGAGAGGCCUGCCUGUGGGCACAGCUGAGAAGAGGCUGUCCUGACCAAAUAACUGUAUCCUGAGUCAUUCCUAAUCCUUAAUUGAAACCUGUUACCUCCCGAAUGAACCCCAUAAUCAUGAGUAUCGUCUGUGAGUUCCGUGUGGCCAUUGUAAUGAAUUAUCGAACCCGGCAGAGAAGUAGAGACUGCUGUGGGAGAGACAGCUGGUGUCAGCGUUGGAAGAAAGGUUGGAAGGUGGAGGCGUGUUUGAUUUCUGCCUCAUAGGAACCAGCUUUGGGCUGUCGAUGCGACAAGGAUUCUCUCUCCUUCCCCUUGUGAAGUUAGAAGGGGAGAUCUGACACCCCCAUGUCACUAUUUUUACAACCAACAAAUACAAAGUGACGACCUACCUCUUGUCAGAUACCAUGCUAAGUAUGGAUAUAAUGAUGGACGAGGCAGAAAUGGCACCUUCUAGGGGAGGGGUGGAAUAAGCCAAAACCAUUGCCGUCAAGAUGAUCCUGAGUCAUGGCGACCCCAUGUGUGACAGAGCAGAACUGCCCCAUAGGGUUUCUUGCCUGUAAUCUUUACAGAAGCAGGUAGCCAGGACUUUCUUCUGCAGCGUUGCUGGGUGGGUUCAAACCACUAACCUUUAGGUUAGCAGCUGAUGGCAAACUGCUGGCACCACCUAGGGACUUCUUCCAGAGGGAAGGCAGAUGUUAAAUAAUUGCACAAAUAAUUAAUUAAUUAUCCUUGUGAUAAGUGCCAUGACAUUAAAUAGAUGCUGGGUAGGCAGACAGAAAACACAUACCGAGCUGGGUAUGCAGACAGAAAACAUGGAUUUGUGUUUUCCAAGGAAAUGAGAGCUAAGUAGAGGGGUGAGAGGAGAGGGUGAAACUAUGGCCUGUUUUGAAACCUUUUAAAGGGUUUGCUUUGAGAAUGGGGUGAAGUUCAAACUCCUCCUUAAUACUGACCGCUCAUCAGAAUGUGGCCCGACUUCCUGAUAACCAGCUCUCCAACUUCCUGCCAACCAGCUCUCCAACUUCCUGACAACCAGCUCUCCAACUUCCCGCCAACCAGCUCUCCAACUUCCUGACAACCAGCUCGCCAGCUUCCUGACAACCAGCUCUCCAACUUCCUGACAACCAGCUCUCCAACUUCCUGAUAACCAGCUCUCCAACUUCCCAUCAACCAGCUCUCCAAGCUGGUCCCCUUUGGUCUUAUGGCCCAGUGACAGGAAAGUCUAUUAUGCUUCUGGGUGGUGACUUCAAGCCUUCGAGAGUGAAUCCUUAAGUUUCUUGUUUCACCAAAACAAUUUAUCAGAAUUUAAUAGCAUGAACAGGAGAGAGCCGACCCUCAGGUGAAGAACUGAGUGGAUAAACUAAUCUAUUUUUUUUUUUUUUUUCUGUCUCAUAGAGCAAAUACACCAUGCAUCGAUACCAAAAAAAACAAACCAAACCUGCUGCCAUCAAGUCAAUUCUGACUCAUAAUGACCCUGUAAGACAGAGUAGAACUGCCCCAUAGGGUUUCCAAGGAGUGGCUACAUUAACAAGUCUACCCUUAAUCUAAAAAGUUUGAACACUUCCACCAUAUAGUGAAAUGAGUUCAUUGUACUUUAUGAAGAAUUGAAAAACUUCAACUAUUUAUUUAUUUUUUUAUUUAUUAAAGAAACAAAGUAUUUUGUGAUAUUUGAAGACAUAAGGUGAAUCAAAUCAAGAGGUUUUCUUUAGAGCCUCAAUCUAAGGGAGAAAUUUUAAAAUACAUAGCAUCCAUUUUUAUAUACUUGUAAGAUCUUACUUCAAUAUACGUUAAAGUAGUUAUCCUCCUAGAUUAAUCAGAGGGAAGCUGAACCAAAAGACGGGCAAAGUGGGCAAAUCGCACCUUCAUUUCUAACUGCGUGGUCAGGAUCAACAUGAAUCCCUGGAAAUGGACCUAGUCCUCACCUUCCCACUUCUCCAUCUUUGUCACCAGCCCCCAAGUGACACUGUCUCUUUGACUUUAGCCACCCAGAGCUGGGUCAGAGCUUACAAGUUAGAAGGACACAUUUCAGACUAGCUGCCCAUGUAGCAUUUCUCUGACCCUAGCCACCUGGAGCUGGGUCAGAGCUUACAAGUUAGGACAUCUUCUUUCAGAUUGCCAAGCAGGCAGACUCCAGUCCCUGCUCAUCUCACUGCCCUUGUGGGUUCUUUGGAAUGACUCAUGGAAUCUCAUGGAGAGUACACUAUACUUAUGGUGACAGAUUUAUCACAACCAGAUUUAAUACAAACAAAGAGACGCAAUGGUAAGGCCUGAGGGGGUGCCAGCCUGGAGCUUCCAUGUCCCAAAGAGGGACAUGCUACCCUCUCCUGUGCAUGGUCAACGACCAGGAAGUUCCUCUGAGCCUUAGGAUUCAGGCUCUUCUCGGCCUCCUCACUCGGUCCUGCUAGAUUACAUCAUGUCUCCUGAGGCCAGUCAGCAUUGGGCUCCCAGGUGAUCCCUCUUGGGCUGGCUGGCCCCCACUCAUUUGCCUCAGGUGUGGUCUGGCUCUCAGGAACCAAGACCAAAGGCCAAAUUGUUUUUUGCCAGAUGACUCACACUUCACAGAUGCCGAGUUGAAAACAAAUUUAGAUCAAUAUUUUUUAAGAACAAGAUAAACUUUUUGUUCCAGAGGUACAGAAAAUCAUCUGCUUUCCAUUUUGAUUGACUUGUCUGAUCACAGCAAUACCGAGGGUUUUUUUUCACUUUUAUUUAUUCUUAGUGUCUUAGUUAGGGUUUUCUAGAGAAACAAAACCAGUGAGAUACAUUCACAAUAGCCAGAAGGUGGAAACAACCCAAGUGUCCAUAUUAUUCCACCAUAAAGAGAAAUGAAAUUCUGAUACAUGCUAUGACAUGGAUGAACCUUGAAGAUAGUAUAUGAGUGAUAUAUGUCAAUCACAAAAGGACAAAUAUUGUAUGAUCCCAUUGUUAUAGACUGACUUGUGUCCCCCAAACGUGUUAUAAAUCCUAACCCCUACGCCUGUGGUUAUAAUCCCAUUUGUGAAUGGGUUGUCUUUAUUAUGUUAAUGAGGCAGCGUUAGUGUAGGGUGUGUCUUGAGUCAAUCUUUUUUGAGAUAUAAAAGAGAUUAUACAAGCAAGUUAGGGAGCAGAUACAGGGGAAGAGAGACGCCAAGCCACCUGAAGAUCACCAAGGUUCCAAGGAAUAGAAGCUGAAGAGACACAGAUCUUCCUCUAGAGGUGACAGAGAAAGCAAGCUUUCCCCUAGAGGCUGUGCCCUGCAUUUGAGCUUCUAGCCUCCUAAGCUGUGAGAAAAUAAACUUCUGUUUCUUAUAGCCACCCAUCUGUGGUAUUUCUGUUAUAGCAGCCCUAAAUAACUACGACAUCCCACUUACACAAAGUCAUUAGAACAGGCACAUAGAGACCCAAGUUUAUUAGUGGUUACCAGGGGCUGGAGUAGGGGAAGGUGGGAGUCAUUGCUUAAGGGGUAGGGAUUGAUCUCCUGUUUGGGUUGAUGCCACUUUUGGAAAUGGGCGGUGGUGAUGGUAACGUGCAGGUUGGAUAUAACUGAUGUCACUGAAUUGUACACUUAAAAAUGGUUAAAAUGGCAAAUGCUAUGUUGUAUAAACUUUACCACAAUAAAAAUAAUAAAACUAAAAAGAAUAUGGAGAAGGAAAAAAUAGCGUAAAAAUAAGAAUUGAAAGGUCAACACAUAUGUGGAUAUGAAGGCAAGCAGAGAUUGUUAUGUUGUAUUAUAAGGACUGGAAGUAUGGAUCCAAAUAAAAUCAUCUUUUAUGAGGCAAAAGUGACACUUAUACGGUCUUUAUAAGGACAUAGGGUUGCUAUGAGUCAGAACUGACUUGACGACAAUGGUUUUGUUUUUUUUUUGGUUUAUAACGCUAUGUAUUUUAAAGUGUUUUAUACUAAAAUAUUAGGCAAUAUCACUGAAAUGGGACAUCGAGCUUCACAGUUUGGCAGACAUUUCUGAAUAAGAGGCUGUUUUGAUCAGCUUAAGGAAAAAACAUAGGAGAAGCCACAGAUAAUUACAGUAAAAUCUCAUUUGGUAUCUGCUAAUUUGAAAUUGCAGCCCUGGCGACGCAGUGGUUAAGAGCUGAGCUGCUAACCAAAAGGUUGGCAGUUGGAAUCCAUCAGCUGCUCCUUGGAAGCCCUGUGGGGCAGUUCUACUCUGUCCUAUAGGAUCCCUAUGAGUCAGAAUCGACUCGACGGCAACAAGUUUGGUUUGGUUUUUUGGUUUAAUUUGGAAUUUGUGAGAAAUUCCUCAGUAACUUUUUGGUGAACCAAAUGGUAGCUUUUUUUUUUUUUUUUUUUAAUCCACUGGACACUUGUACUUGGUAGAAGCCCAAUGACAAGGUUAUAUAUUUUUUAAAAAAUCUCUACAUAAAAGAAAACAAAAUUUUUUUUCUCAUAGGAAAAUGCUACGUGUAACCACAUCUGUUUAAGUAAUUGUCCACUUUCAAAACUAUUUAUUGAAAUACCGAGUUUGAAAACAAUUUUAUUUGUAGGAAGUUUCAUCAUGCUGUAAAAGAUGCAAACAAACAUCAAAAUAAGGAACAGAAACUCUGAAGAUGGUGGGCAGUAAAAAGGCCUUAAGGAAAAAUGUUGCCAGACUGGUCAGUCAUAUCACCCAAACGUAGUUUACUCAGACCAGUUGUCUCACAUAUUUCAAAAGGGAAACACACACACACACGCCCACACUCGUGUGUGCCAACCAACUAGUUGCUGCGGAUUCAGCUCCGACUCUUGGUGACUCCACUCGUGUCAGAGGAGAACUGCACCCCAGAGGGUCUUCAAGACUGUAACCUUUCAGAAGCAGAUUGCCAGGUCUUUCUUCCAAGGUGCCUCUGAUGGGUUUUAACCACCAACCUUUUUGUUAUAAGUUGAGCACUUAACUGUUUGCCACCCAGGGACCUCACAUACAUGUAAAAACCAAACCAAACCCAUUACUGUCAAGUCGAUUCUGACUCAUAGAGACCCUGUAGGAGAGUAGAGUUGCCCCACAGGGUUUCCAAGGCUGUAAUCUUUAUGGAAACAGACUGCCAUAUCUUUCUCCUGUGGAGCAGCUGGUUGGGUUGAACUGCCAACCUUUCGGUUAGCAGCUGAGUGCCUCACCACUUUGCCAUCAGGGCUCCUGUAUACAUGUAAACCAAAAAAAAGAAAAAGGAAAAAGUCCGUUGCUGUCGAGUUGAUUCUGACUCAUAGAAACUCUACAGGACAGAACAGAACUGCGCCAUAAGGCUUCCAAGGAGCAGCUAGUGGAUUCAAACUGCCGACCUUUAGGUUUGCAACCCAGCUCUAAGCCAUUGGGUCACCGGGGCUCCAUGCAUACUUGUAAAGCCAGUACUAAGUACAUUACGGAGCUGCUGGUGGGCCCCGGUACCUGCCCAGCUUCUUCCAAAAGACCACAGAAAUGGGGUGCCAGAAGUCCCCAAGCCUCACUCCCCUUUGGUCUGAUUUCCUUCCCCAUCCCCACCUUCCCAUCUUCCUCUUACCCAACUCUUGCUGUUGCAUUUCUCUUUAGUUGUUGCUAGAAUACAAGACCCACAAAACACACAUUGGUCAUUGCAACAGGAUCAUCUCUGACUUAAAAGUGUCUGACGGUACCUGGGAGCCAGCGAGAGUCGGGAAGGAAAUCUGUUUCAUGCCUUCCUGGCCUUCUCAUCUGUGGCAAACACGUGAGCUUUUGCGGGGCCGUGGGCUGGGCCUGGAUCUGUCUUCACAAACAGAGAUUAAUUGGUUCGGACCAUUAGCUGCUUGAAGAGCCUCUGGCUACCAGGCUGGCACCUACACAGCAGCUGGUAGGACAUCUGUGCAGGUUCCCACCCUGGUCCACAGCCCAGGUGCAAGCAGGUACAAGCUCACCCCUUUUUGAAAAGGAACUACCUACAUUAUUAACAGUAACUGCCAUCUGAGCUUGAAGGGGUUCCCUCAGUUCAAAACUCCUAGACUCCUUUGGGAUGCAGCAGACUGGGUCUUCCCUUGAGAUAUAUGCCAGGUGCCUUCAGACAAAACCAGGGACGAGUUGAACCUCCACAGCAGAGGGCUGGGCUGCCCUGCAAGGCUGUGCGCACCAGUGUCUGCUGACCUCUGCUGGCCUCUCCCGGAAAAUAUCGCCCAGUGAGGCGGAGGGGGAGGAGAUGCCUCUGACAAGGAGAACAAGGAAGCCACAGCCACACUCAACAAAACAGAAACACCCAACGCUAACAACAGCUAACGCUCUUGAGCCAGGCAUGAUUUAGACGCCUUCCAUGUUUUCAUUGGUGUCGUUCUCCCGACAGCCCUAGGAAGAGGCACCAAAGACAGGUAAACAGCUGCCAAGGUCCCACAACUAGUGAGUGAUGGAGCCAGAAUCCAAAUCCAAGCAGUUUACUCCAAAAUCGAUUGCUCCAGGACACUGACUGCUAAAUGCGUGAGCACCUGGGGUGUGUGAUCUCAUUUAACCCUCGGACAGCCCUGAGAGGCUGGUGUUAUCAUCCCCGCGGUAGCAUUGAGGAAACUGUGGCUUAGGGUGAGCAAUGUCCUCAGGGUGACACAAGUAUGAGAUGCUGCGGCCUGACCCUUGUGCACCCCACCUGGCUUCCAUCGCACAGGUGCUUUUCCCACUUAAUGAAAAUACCAGCUGAAAGGGACCUCUGAGCGUGGCCCAGCCGUCGCCCCUGCCCCCAGCCGCCAGGUCAUUAACCCCGCUGUGGCCCAGAUGCGGAGCUACGCCACUCAGUCAAGCAGACACCCGAGGACGUGGGACUCGGCCCGCCGGGUGCAUUUCAACGACCCUGCUUCCUGCCCACCAGGUCUGUGCUGACCAUCUCAGAUAGCUUUGUUUGGUCAUUCCUGACUUUCUCCUCUCCAUGGAAAACCCAAUUGACAGGUCACCCUCAGAGUAUGUGUUGCUUUUUCCUAUUUACAGUUAUAACAGUCUGCCACUAUUUGUCAAACAUCCAGGAACAGAGGGAAAUCUGCUCUACCCAACUGGUUUUCAUUAAACUCUUUGGUGCCUAAUAUUCAAACUUGUCCAGAGACUGCCAAUCUCCUGCUGGCAGCUGACUCCAGUGGGUUCUCUGUGCAGUGCUGUGUGAUGUUUCUGUCGGUGAACACACCUGACGACUGGCUGAAAAUUACCGACCCAUUAGGCUUCUGCCAGCCAGCAACGGUUUCCUAGGAAACAAUGCAAUGGAACUGCCAGAACGUGCUUAGCGAGACUGUGUUCUUUUUAAAGACAGGAGUGUGUGCAAGCACUCACGUGAGGUGGUGUCAUCAUUUUCUUCCUACUUAACUCCAGUCAUCAGCCCUCAUUCAUGCUCAACAUACCAAGAUAGUGUCAACAUCCUACCACAUAAAGCCCAACAGGCGAAUCUAUUUUAGGAUCUUCAAGCACCUGGUUAGGCAUAUUUCUUUAAGGCAACAAGGAAAAUAUUCGAUUUCUAAUCUAUGCUGGGGAAAAUAUUUGCAAUAGCUAUGAAAAGCUUCUAAGAAGUAACCUUCAAAUCUACAAGAAAAUAGAUACCAACAGUCCCAGACAUGUUUUGACAAUUUGAAAAAGAGCUUCAAAUAACUAAGACUCAAAACGCUACCAGUUUUUAGCUACUGAGUUUGCAAAGACUAAGAAUACUCGCAGUCUUUAAUCCUGUGGUGAGAAAGAGGCUUCCAGGGAACACUGAUGCAAGUGUAAACUGAUACAAUCUUUCUGGAAAGCAUUUUGGAAACAGUAUCGAGAUCCUUAAAUAUGUUUAUACUUUCUAAAUUUCCAAUUGCACUUUAAUAUUCUAAUUUAAGGAAAUAAUCUGAAGUACAAAAACUACUCUUAAAAAUGCUCACUGCAAUGUUAUUCACAAUAGUAAACACAGAAAUACAAAAACAACCUAAAUGUCCAACAACAGGAAAAUGGAGACAUAAUGGUAUAUUCUCAACAUCAUAUAAACCAGCUGCUAGAGAGUCAGUUCUGACUUCUGGCACCACCCCGUGUGUCCGAGUAGAACUGCUCCACAGGGUUGUCAAUGCCGGAGUUUUCAGAAGUAGAUUGCCAGGCCUUUCUUCCAAGGUGCCCUGAGUGGACUUGAAUCACAAACCUUUCAGUUAGUAGCCAAGUGCGUUAACUGUUUGCAGCACCCAGGGACUUUGCAGUAUCACAUUAUGGGGCCCCUAAAAUGUUUCGCAGAGUAUUUAAUAUGAGGGAUGUGCUUAUUUGUUUCCUUUAAAAAAGAAGAAUAAAAAAUAAAUAUGCAGAAUUUCUAAAUACGCAAUGGAGAUUAUAUUGAAAAAAAUCAUAAUAAAAGAAUGAAGGAGAACAAAAUGAUAACAAGUGUUACGCUUGGUCACCAUACAGAGCAUAUUUUUUAUUUUCUGCUAUUGCCUGUAUUUUCCUUAUUGUUUUUCUACAGUAAACAUGUACUGUAGCAUAUAUAAUGGAUUACAAUUUUUCUUUCAUCGACAUGAACUGUCUUUGUUGGUAAUAAUUUUUUGCCAUUUAUUCAACUUGAAACUGUUGUAUGUCAAGCCAAACAUCAAAAUAAAGGCUGUGACCAGAUACAUGAAAGGAGUGGCAAUGUUCCUAUCCCAGCCUGGGGAAGUCAGGGAAGGCUUCCUGGAGGAGAGAGAAUUAAGUCUGGAAGGAAGAAAAGUUGUGGGAAACGUGCCUCAGCACCUCAGUAUGGCUGGAGUGCAAGAUGCCGGAAGGAGAGACAGGAGAUGAAGCAGGAGGAAGGGGUUCUGGGGCUAACAGGCUUCUGUGGUAUCUAAGAGUUUUUAAAUUUAUCCUGGAAGCUACAGGGGUCAUCAAGGGCUGUAAGGAGGGGAAUUGGGGGUAUAAGAUUUGUGUUUUCUAGGGCUCAGUAACCAGUCUUGGAGAAGUACAGCCAGAAUGCUCCUUAGAAGCCAGGAUGGCGAGACUAUGUCUCAUGUGCUUUGGACAUGUUAUCAGGAGGGACCAGUCCCUGGAGAAGGACACCAUUCUUGGUAAAGUAGAGGGUCAGCGAAAAAGAGGAAGACCCUGAAUAAAAUGGACUGACACAGUGGCUGCAACCAUGGGCUUAAGCAUAGCAAUGAUUGUGAGGAUGGCACAGGACCAGGCAGUGUUUCAUUCUGUUGUGCACAGGGUCACUAGGAGCUGGAGCUGGCUCCACACAACAACGACAACCAGGAUCAGUGGGACACACAACAAGAUGAAUAUAGACCCGAGUUGGGGUCAAUCUUGGAAGCAGACAAACUAGGUGGCUACUGGGCAGUCCACAGGCGAUGAGGAGGCCCCACCCAGGCAGGAGCUGUGUCCAUGAUCACAUGGCAGGAGGGAGGGAAGGGGGCAGCUCCGGAGCACUGGCUCAGGCACUCCGAGGAGGAGGGUCAGAAGACAGGAGGGGAGGCAGCAGGCUGCUGGCAGGUGAAGAUGCUCAGUGGGGAUACUGGGGGUGUGUGGGCAUCAGGGAAGGUGGCCAGUUGGCAGAAGGAGUUCAAAGGGGGGUCAGGGCAGGAGGUGGAGAUGGAGAAGUUUGAAGUCAACAGUUAAAGCUAUGAGUGUGGCUGAAACUGCAUAAAGACUGUCCUGUAGACAUGACAAAGGAAAGAAGUUAGAGACCAAAACACAUUAAUUAAGGGAUCAAAUGGGGUGAAAAGCAAGCAGAGGAGACCAGAAAGAGUGGCAGAGGUUGAGGGGAACAGGAAAGAAGGAAGCGGGAGGGUGUGAGGGCUGUGCAAGUUCCAUGCUGGGAAAGUUGCUUCUGCUCAGCCCCUGAGUUCAACCCAGCAUGUCAACAGUGGCCUAGGUCCUGGGUUCAACCAGCAUGCCAAGGGGGACACAGGUCCCAGGUUCAACCCAGCAUGCCAAGGGGGACCCAGGUCCCGGGUUCAACCCAGUACGCCAAGGGGGACCCAGGUCCUGGGUUCAACCCAGUAUGCCAAGGGGGACUCAGGUCCCGGGUUCAACCCAGCACGCCAACAGCGGCCUAGGUCCUGGGUUCAACCCAGCACGCCAAGGGGGACACAGGUCCCGGGUUCAACCCAGCAUGCCAAGGGGGACCCAGGUCCCGGGUUCAACCCAGUACGCCAACAGCGGCCUAGGUCCUGGGUUCAACCCAGCACGCCAAGGGGGACACAGGUCCCGGGUUCAACCCAGCAUGCCAAGGGGGACCCAGGUCCCGGGUUCAACCCAGCAUGCCAAGGGGGACCCAGGUCCCGGGUUCAACCCAGUACGCCAACAGCGGCCUAGGUCCUGGGUUCAACCCAGCACGCCAAGGGGGACACAGGUCCCGGGUUCAACCCAGCAUGCCAAGGGGGACCCAGGUCCCGGGUUCAACCCAGUACGCCAACAGCGGCCUAGGUCCUGGGUUCAACCCAGCACGCCAAGGGGGACACAGGUCCCGGGUUCAACCCAGCAUGCCAAGGGGGACCCAGGUCCCGGGUUCAACCCAGCAUGCCAAGGGGGACCCAGGUCCCGGGUUCAACCCAGUACGCCAACAGCGGCCUAGGUCCUGGGUUCAACCCAGCACGCGAAGGGGGACCCAGGUCCCGGGUUCAACCCAGCACGCCAACAGCGGCCUAGGUCCUGGGUUCAACCCAGCACGCCAAGGGGGACACAGGUCCCGGGUUCAACCCAGCAUGCCAAGGGGGACCCAGGUCCCGGGUUCAACCCAGUAUGCCAAGGGGGACCCAGGUCCCGGGUUCAACCCAGCACGCCAACAGCGGCCUAGGUCCUGGGUUCAACCCAGCACGCCAAGGGGGACACAGGUCCCGGGUUCAACCCAGCAUGCCAAGGGGGACCCAGGUCCCGGGUUCAACCCACUACGCCAACAGCGGCCUAGGUCCUGGGUUCAACCCAGCACGCCAAGGGAGACACAGGUCCCGGGUUCAACCCAGCACGCCAAGGGGGACACAGGUCCCGGGUUCAACCCAGCAUGCCAAGGGGGACCCAGGUCCCGGGUUCAACCCAGUAUGCCAAGGGGGACCCAGGUCCCGGGUUCAACCCAGCACGCCAACAGCGGCCUAGGUCCUGGGUUCAACCCAGCACGCCAAGGGGGACACAGGUCCCGGGUUCAACCCAGUACGCCAAGGGGGACCCAGGUCCCGGGUUCAACCCAGUACGCCAACAGCGGCCUAGGUCCUGGGUUCAACCCAGCACGCCAAGGGGGACACAGGUCCUGGGUUCAACCCAGCAUGCCAAGGGGGACCCAGGUCCCGGGUUCAACCCAGCACGCCAACAGCGGCCUAGGUCCUGGGUUCAACCCAGCACGUCAAGGGGGACACAGGUCCCGGGUUCAACCCAGUACGCCAAGGGGGACCCAGGUCCCGGGUUCAACCCAGCAUGCCAAGGGGGACACAGGUCCUGGGUUCAACCCAGCAUGCCAAGGGGGACACAGGUCCUGGGUUCAACCCAGCAUGCCAACAGGGACUUAGUUCUGGGAGGGUGGGGAGCAAGGGUAGGUCGUUUUCAUUUGGGUAUCAUCCAGGUCAUUUCAGUAUCACCCAGGUCCCAUUCCCAACCAAUGCACCUCCUGGGCGGCCACCACCUCUCUGUCUGUGGAGGCUUGUGUGCUACGAUGCUGAACAGGUUUCAGCGGAGCUUCCGACUAAGGUGGAGUAGGAAGAAAGGCCUGGUGUUCCACUUCCCAAAAUCAGCCAAUGAGAGCCUUAUGGCUCACAACAGUCCAGUGUGUAACCGACCUUGGGAUUGGCGCAGGGCCGGGUAGCAUUUUGUUCCACUGUGUGUGGGGUCGCCAUGCGUUGAGGUUGACUCAACGGCAGCUAACAACGACAAAUGCCUGGCACACAACAGAUGAUAUUCGAUGAAGAAUGAAUGAAUGAAUGAAUGAAUGAAAAGUCCUCUGAUUUAUGAAGCCAGUGAUGUCUUACUUCCCUCCUCCCACCCGUGUGGUCUCUGCAGUAUGACCAGGGUUUACCACACUCCCCUCCCUGCCCCCCACGUUCCCCUAACCCCUCACAAGCACCCCCACCCCAUCUCCAGGAAGAGAUGAGAAAAGGGGCAAGAAGACAAAGUGCGAACCGGUGGGGACUGCUGAUAAUUUUGAAAAGAAACCUAAUAACAGUAGUACUUGUUCCAACGCAGCGUUUGCGCUGCUCACAGGCUUUGUUGCAAAGAAUGCGUUUACAGAGCCUCUGAAUGACAGCCAUUUCCCAGCAAGGACUCCGAGGCACAAAAAGGUUAAAUAACCUGCCCAGAACCUCGUGGCUAGUCGGGGGGUGAACAGGAAUCAGGCAUGGGCUCCCACGCCCCUGCUCACACUGGGGCCCUGUGCUGCCUCCAUCAGGAAGGCUGAAGGCUUGCAGGAGUCACUGAAAAAGGAUGCAAGUUGCCAUGGAAACUUCCAGCAUUCACCACUCGAAGACUCUCAGAGGCGCUUUUGCCAAUCAAAUCAGCAAGGAAGAACCACGCAAUAAAUGACCCUAGUGUGGACCCAAGGAGCCCUGGUGGUGCAACGGUUAAGCGCGUGGCUGCUAUCUGGAAGGCUGGCUGUUGGAACACACCCAGCUGCUCUGUGGGGGAAAAGACCUGGCGAUCUGCUCCCAUAGAGAUUACAGCCCUGGAAACCCUAUGGGGCAGUUCUACUCUGUCAUAUAGGGUUCGCUAUGAGUUGGAAUCGACUCGAAUGCCACUCAACAAUGACAGUGUGGACCCGGUUUGAGGGUCUUCAGGACAACUGAGAAGGCCUGUGCUUGCUGGAAGGAGGGGCCUCGCCCCCUCAGACUUCUCAUGGCUGCUAUUUUCUACUGGGUCAACUAAAAAACUAAGCCCAUGUUAAAACACUUUUAACCUUCCCAUCCCCUACACACACACACACACACACACACAACACUUUUACAUAGCAUCCAGUUUUAAUAUUACCAAAGUUUAUAAACAGCAUAUUGUUUUUAUUUUAUUUUCAUAGUACUUUUUGGCAGUAUCAUGGCAUGAAAUGGGUUACUCAGAAUGGAACUCCAGUUUUAAAUUCUGGGCUGAUAAUAAAGAAGGCAUUAAAUUAAGAUAUUUUGGCUCAUUGCUACCUCUAGGAACCAGCUCGUUCUCAACUGAAGAGUGGACUACAACCCUGGCUCUCUAAAGAAAAACCCGUGAGAAAAGCUGGGAUCCAUAUGUUUUGUAGGUCAUGUAUAUAUAACGGAAAUAAUCUCUAAUCUACAAAACACACGGCUACCUAUCUAUCUGUAUACAUACAUAAAGCAUACAGACAUAUCUGUAUGUUUUGUAGAUUAGAGAUUACUUCCAUUAUAUAUAUAUCUGUAUGUUUUGUAGAUUACAUAUAUAUAUAUAUAUGCUUUGUUCAAAAUCACAGGCUCACAAAUUAAAGUUAUCUUAAACGCAAAAUAAAAACAUCAGGAGAACAUUUCACUCUAGUAAACACACAAUGUUUCUUUUCCUAUAACAACAACAACAAAACAGCCAAACAAAAUCACCAUUGUAUUUUAUUUCUAUGAAGCCAUUAGGCUUCACUUUCAUUGACUUCAAAAAGCCUAACUAAAUGGUUUAUUCCACAAUAAGAAAGGCUGUAUUACAGAACAAGAAGUUUGCUUAAAUGUUCAUGAAUAAUUAAAAUCGUAAGCAUUUGGUACGUUAUACAAAAAACUUAAACAUCCUUCAGGGUCAGCACAGUGCAAUGCUAAGCGGAAGAAAGGCCUGGGUCAUUUAUUAGCUUCCAAAGAAAACCCUUCACCCGGCUUUAUGAACGGAAAUUCUUGGCUGCCACAAAAUUCUGCAAAGAAUGGAAAGCCAAACCAAGGAGGCAUGAAAACCAGCAUGUCCCAAGAGUCUUCAAAAUGGGCCUGUCCUUUGAACACAGCUAUUUCACUUCUAGCAACAACCAAAGAUGCAGACAAAGAGGACUAUGCGUGGGCCCUCAUUCCAACGGUAUUUAUGACAGAGAAGAACAGGACUUGGGGGAAUAAAUUGUGUCAAAUAUACAGUGAAACCUGUGAGAGCUGGAACUCGAAGAGGACUGCCAAGUUUUCCGCCUUUGACAGGACACAGUCUUACUGCUUUUCUAUGGCUUGUUUUAGCGGAAAGCAUUUGAAUUUUCCUUCUCUGACAGGUUUCCGCCUUAAACAGACUUUGGCUUUCGCGCGCUUUACUGUAGAUAGAAUACUAUGUAGCAAUGUGGUAAAAAA